AAUUGAUAAUGGCAUUUUUUAUAUGAUUGAUUUUUUUAAAAAAUACUAUAUAAAAAUAAAGUCAACUAUAUAUAAUAAAUAGUUUUAUUGUAAAUGAUGUAAAUGAUUUAAAAUUAUUUUUUAAUCAUUCUCAUUUAGUUCUUGCAAUUAACUAUUAAACAAUUGAUUAUCUAAUUGUAAGAUUUUUUUAAUCCAAGAAAUCUUAUAAAUAGUAUGUUUUCUUUUCAAAUCCAUCCAAAAAAGCAUUCAAAUCUAAAUCAAAUACUUUUGAUUAUAAUGAAUCUUCAGUAAUAAUUCCUUAGUUAAAAAUAGUUUUAAAAUCAUCUCCUCCACCAUUUAAAACAUUAAAUUAAAAUGUAAGAAUAGUAAAUUCAUCAUCAUUAUUUAUUUGAUCCCCAUUUUCUAAUUUAGCACUAUCUUAAAUAUAUUAAUAAGGAUUUUUACCUACUUCCAUAUUUAUUCCACUAAAACAAUAAAAAGGUUUUCUUCCACUUUAUAAAAUUGCUAUCAUUUUCAAAAGUUAAUCACCAGUAAUUUUAAAAGAAACAACGUUUCCUUUAAAAGGGAACAUAGUAUUCAUAUCAACUUCAGAAACUUCGCCUGCGAAAAUUCAGCUCUAAAUGCUCCAUAUCCUAAUAUAGAAAUAACUUUAUUAGGAUCUAAAUCUUAAUUUUUGGAAAGGAAAUUUCUUUUUAAGGCUUAUCCUAAUAAAGCUCCUAAAGGGUUAAAAUCAGUUUUAAUGUUUAAAAAGUCAUUAUCUACACUAAAAAGUAUGUUUUAUCUCAUUUCCGUGACUUGAUUAAUAACUCCUUUAUAUUUUUCAGAAUUAAACAAAUCUAUUACAUUUUAAUCUACAUUCGAUAGAAGAUUUUAAUUUCUAAACUAAUAUUCUACCAUGUCAAUAUUUAAAGGUACUUUUUCACAUAUUUUAUUCGACACAAAAACAUGAGAACAUAAAGGAAUUGGUCCUUAAAUUUCGGUAUCAUCACUAACAAUUUAAUACUUUCCAUUACUUUAAAGUUAAAAUUUCAACCUUAUUACAUUUGCAUAUUUUCCACCUAAAGGAUUCUAAACAAUUGGAAUUCCAUUCUAAAAAGUAUGAACAGUAUCAUGUACAUGCCCGGCAACCCAUCCAUUGACAGUUUCUUAUGAAAUUUUAGACAAUAUUUAAGGUAUUUCUUUUUCAUUGCAUUAUAUACUAUUAUUUUCUUCAUCUGAAGCAGUUCUAAUUUUAAAUUAUUAAAAUUCAUCAAUAUUUUUUGGAGAACAAAGCAUUCCGACAUGAGAAACUACUAUUACAGCGUCAACAUUUUAUUGGUUUUUUAAUUAAUUGCUUAGUUCAGUAAUAACCUCAUUGUAUUUAUCUGAUAUAUCAUAAUCAUUAGGAGGAUUUGCAGUUGAAUAAUAAGUUUCAACUGUGACCAAACCAAUAACUCCGAUUUUAAUUUUUCCAUCAUGAAAUUCGAAAACUUAUGUUUUUGAAACUUUCUUUGAGAAAUCAUUAACUAAAGUAUCAAGAGAUUUAUCUAAAUCUUCUAAUGUUUUUAUAUCUUUAGUAUUACUUUUUAUUUAAUCUAUUUCCUCUUAGGAUUUUCUUUUCAUAUUAGACACCAAGUAUUUAUAUUUAGCAUUAUUCAUGAAUUUUAUUAUUCGAUCUUUUCCCCAAUCCCAUUCAUGGUUUCCUAUUGUUGUAGCAUCUAAAAACAUUGUAUUAUAAAAGUCUGUCAUUAAAUCUCCUUAUGUUUUGAAGUUUUCUAGUGUUCCUUAAAAUUAAUCUCCUCCAUCUAACCAUAAGACUCCUUUAGGAUUAUCUUUUCUUAAAAUGUUUAUUAGCCCAGACAAUAGCUUAUAUCCUCCUACUUUAUAGGCAACUCCAUCUGCUGUUUGUUUAUCUAAUUAUAAGCCUGCUCCAUGAAUAUCAUUAGUACCUAGAAUAUCUACGUAGAUGUUUUUUUAUA